UGUUAUAAUUGCACGCAAUUUAUUUUUUUCUUAGUUUCGCCACUAUUAUAAGCAUAAAAAACGACCACCACGCCGACCGCCAAAUCUUACGGUGUAGCAUCCGCCGUGGACUGCUGUUUGCAUCCUUCAUCUGUCUCGUCUCGUAUCGCAAUCAUUGCCAAACAUGAGAAAUGAAACAUUUGUGCACUGGGACUGGAUGCUCUUACCAGCACACUUUACUUCUACUAUGACACCCAGCAGAGGACUCUGGGAUUGACGCAAGCAUCACUCCCACUGAUGGCCUGGACCACGUUUCAGCUGGCCUGCUGAAGCUAUGGGGAGCUGCUGGAGCUGUCUAUACAGAGACACUAUCCAAGACAACCAUCUCAACAAAUUCAAGGUGACUAAUGUGGACGAUGAGGGAAAUGAGUUGGGCUCAGGAACAAUGGAGCUCACACAGACAGAGCUCAUUCUGCACACACGCAAACGUGAUGCCAUCCGGUGGCCGUACCUCUGCCUGCGCCGCUACGGUUAUGAUUCCAACCUCUUCUCUUUCGAGAGUGGCCGCCGUUGCCAGACUGGACAAGGGAUCUUUGCAUUCAAAUGCUCUCGUGCAGAAGAGAUCUUUAAUCUGCUACAGGAGUUGAUGCAGUGUAACAGCAUCAAUGUGGUGGAGGAGCCUAUGAUCAUGACCGGGCACGCACCAGAGAUGGACAUGCCUCGAACUCCACAGACACCCAAUACCCCUGGAUACCCGAUGCAGGGUUUUCCUAAUGGAUACCCAGGAUACCCAAUCAGUGCAGACUCAUCACAGCCUUCUCUCACUAAUGACCACAGACACAGCCUCAUGGGACUGGAUGACCAAACCCAUACAUAUGUGAAUACAGUGGGCAUGGAAACUGACCUCUCUAGCCGCCACUGUGUCCACUCCCUGCCGGAAGUGCGGCCCACCACCUACCCGGAAGCCUCAACUACCACCACCAUACGUGGGGGCCCAGUCCAAGGCCAGCCCAGCUUGCACUGCUGCCCAAUGGACGACCCUCACAAAGACCCUCAGGUCUUCCUCCAACCUGGAGCCCAGGAGGUGAAGUUCAUGUUGGGGCCGAUGCCAGCACAGCGCCGCCUAAUGGAGAGAGACAGAGAGCGCCACGUCACUCACUCGCUUCGAGCACCAGACGGUAGCUCUGAGACAGAGGGAGAGGAGUCCGUACACAUGUGCAACACACACUCUUACCACCAUUGCCACCAUCUAAUGCACCGACACCCGAGAAUGGAGCCUUGCCCAGAAAGCCAGCUAACAUAUGAGAAUAUCAAUGGACUCAGAGGGGGACGCAGACAAAGGCUGAGUCCGAGCACCGUGUCUCAGACGCAGUCGUUGGGCUCCAGCAGUAGUAGCAGCACUACUGGUGAUUCCCGCACAUACGCACAUCCGCACUCCCUCCCGCUCACGCACACGCACCCUUCCUCACUGCCUCCACAGGCAUACGGAUGUGACCGGGGAAUGGGGGUCGGUGGUCAUCGUCGCACUGCGUUGCUCAACUAUGAGAACCUUCCAUCAUUACCACCAGUUUGGGAAUACCGUGCACUUCAGCGGGAGGAAGAGGAGGAUCAGGAUGAAGAUGAGGAUGAGGACGAGUAUGAGGAGGAAGAGGAGGAAGAGUAUGACGAGUACGAGUAUUCAGAAGGACCCGUAACCCCAAACGGAUAUCAUCAGGAAAGUGGCGGAACUGGUGGGACUCAUCGUGAUGCUCUGCAGAACUACGUCAACACUGGAAAGAUUCAGCCUCCAACACAUCUUCGUCAUGCUUGCCCUCCCCACCCUCACUCAACUGAGCGGGCCAACCACGUUUUCAACUUUGACUUCAGACGUCAGCGAGCAGGAGGUGGCAACACCACCUGUGAGCAACACGGCCAUCACCCGCCGCCUCCUCCAUCUCGCCAGCUCAACUACAUCCAGGUGGACCUGGAGGGUGAGCCCUCUGGUUGCUUGGGACAUGGGGGCGGGGCUCCAGUACCGCAGAGACCGCCUCCACUUAAACGUGGCAUGGCUGCUGCCUCCGCAGCUCCCUCCUCCCAGCGUGGAGAAUUCUACGCCGUGAUUGACCUAAAGAAGACAGCAGCCAUGUCCAACCUGCAGAAAGCUCUCCCUCGGGACGAUGGCACCUCACGAAAGACACGCCACAACAGCACCGACUUGCCUCUGUGAGAGAGAAAGGGAGGGAUAGAGAGAGUAACAGGUAUGACAGGAAUAGAAAUUAGGGAAAUAAAGGGAAAUAAUAAAAGUUGGGAUUCUGUCAUUAUUUACUCGCCGUCAUAUUGUUCCAAACCCAUAUUACUUUCUUUCUUCAAUGGAACGCAGAAAGAGAUGUUUGGCAGUGCACCUUGUUAGUCAGCAUUUACUGUCAUUGUAUAGAAAAAAGAUGCUGAGACUAACAUUGUGCCUAACAUCUGCUUUUGCUUUUCACGGAGGAAAAGCAGUCAUAUGGAUUUGGAACAAGAUGAGUGUGAGUAAAUGAUGAUAGAAUUCAAAUUUUUUUGUGAACCAUCCCUUUAAGGAAAGAGAGUUCUGGUGGUAUUUUUCUUCCACCAUAAUGGUGGAGCAUCUAUUUUCCCAUUUUCUACACUUUACACUCAUACCAACUGCUGCUUGAUAAAAUAAUAACUCCAUUGAGCCAAGCAUUGAACAUUUGCUCUAUUCAUUUUUUUCUCACAUUUUGUGUGGAAAGGUUGGGAAACGAUAGUGUUUUUUGCUUGCUGUCUAGGCUUUGGGCCAAAGAAGUUUAUCUGCAGUGUUUCUACUUCUCAAAAGUCAAAGUUAAGCUUCUUAAUCCUUUAUUUGAUUUUUUUAUUUUUUAUAAAUUUGACAUCACUUUGGGAUUAGUUAUGGGAUUAUUUAAAGGUAUAGUUCACCCAAAAAUUAAAAUUCAGUAAUCAUCUACUCACACUCAUGCUGUGGAAAUGAUACGAUUUUUCUUUUUCCAUGGAACACAGAGUUUUUCACGAUUGUCCAAGCUGCUAAUGGGGGUGCUGUCAAGUUUCAGAAAGGACAUAACACUAGCACAUAUAGUUAUAAGAAAAAUUUGCUAAAGUUUUCAACUUAUCUGGAAAAAACCCCCCAAAGAAACAAGCGAAGACAAGCUUUUCAUCAUGGUGUCUAUUUCAGUUCCCAUGUGUAACUAUGUGGAGGCUGAAACAAGUAUGAAGACAGCUAAUUGUUUAGUAUUUUAAAGCCACCUGUAAAGCAUAUAAUCUCCUAUCCUCAGGAAUUGAUCAAAUCAGUUCAGUUUGCACUUAUCAUUCUCAAAUUGUAACUGAGCCUCCCGUGAUUCCAUAAUUCCCCACUGAGGCAUGGUAAAAGAAAGUUUACAUGAUUAAAAGUAAUUAUUCAUAAUGUUAAAGGACGUCAUUAGGGAAGAUCCGUAGUACAUUUAGAACAGCUUGUGGUGGUUUUACUUAGAGUUGUCUGUUUUGACUGCUAAAGUCCAGAUCUCGGCACUGCAAAGCAUAUGACUAAUUCUAGAUCUGAAAAAAUUAUUAUUGUUAUGAUUAUUCAGUAUCUGCUCAAACUUUGGCUCUUAGCACAAUUGCAAGUCAUUUUAUUUUAUUACAUCUCUGAAAUCUCAAGAUUAGUCUCGUCUCAAGAACAAGG